UGGCACAGCCUUGGUGCCGGCGGCACUCAAGUCCAGUGUGGCAGGUGCGAUGGAAGCACUAUGUUCGACGUAUGAAGCUGGGGCACGAUGGAAACGCUUCUCUUCUUGAACAGCCCAGGUCCUCUACAACAUGAAGCUUCUCGGCAUUACCCUCGCCUCUCUGGGGCUAGUCUCCGCUGCAUCUGUUUCGAACAAGCAAACAAUCAAUUACGAUGACUGGAAGGUCUUCCGUAUCAAUGGGCCCUCCAACACAGCCAAGUUUCAAGAGGUGGUGAACAAGCUGCAGCUCGAUGUGUGGAAAGGCAAGCCAUCGUCCGGCGACGUCGUCGAUGUCUCGGUCGCACCCGAGCAGCUUUCAGCAUUCAAGGCUGCUACGAAGGGCUUUGAGACUAAGGUUAUGCACGAGAACCUAGGUGCAUCUAUCACAAACGAGACCACCUUCUCUGUCUAUGCUGCUGGCGCAGUGCCCAGCGCGACAUGGUUCAACUCGUACCACUCCCUCGCUGACCACUACCAAUGGAUCAGCGAUCUUGCUGCUGCAUACCCAUCUAAUUCCGAAGUCAUCUCGGCAGGCAAGUCGCUCGAGGGACGAGAUAUCAAGGGAAUCCAUAUCUGGGGUAGCGGAGGUAAGGGUUCUCAGAAGGCUGUUGUCUGGCACAGCACUGUGCACGCGCGAGAGUGGAUCACCACCAUGGUCAACGAGUAUGCUGCCUACCAAUUGCUGACCUCCACGGACGCCACCACUGCCGCUUUCAAGAACAAGUACGACUUCUAUAUCUUCCCUGUCGUCAACCCAGAUGGUUUCUAUUUCUCGCAGAACAGCAACCGUCUGUGGCGCAAGAACCGUCAAACUACGCCAACUGCUAGCUGCAUCGGUCGCGACAUCAACCGAAACUGGCCUCACAAGUCCUGGAGCCAGGCUCAAGGAGCAAGCACCUCACCCUGCGCUGAAGACUACAAAGGUCCUUCCUCCGGCGACGGUGUUGAGACCAAGGCAUUGAAGGCCCAGCUCGAUUCCUUAGCUGCGGGCAAGGGUAUUCAGCUUUACAUGGACAUCCACUCCUACUCUCAGCUCUGGAUGUACCCGUACGGCUACACUUGCUCCGGCACUCUGCCCAACUCCGCCUCAUACGCUAGCCUGACCAAGGGCGCUAUCGCAGCUGUCAAGGCUGUCCACGGCACAACGUUCACAGGUGGCCCUAUCUGCAACACCAUCUACCAGGUCAGCGGUGACAGUGUCGAUUACGCACUUGAGAAUGCGGGAGCGAAAUACUCGAUGACCGUUGAGCUCCGCGACACAGGAAACUACGGCUUUGUCCUGCCCGCAAACCAGAUUCUGCCUAGCGGUGAGGAGAUGUGGGCGGGUCUGUCUUAUCUGUUGAAGAACAUGACCUAAGGGAUUAGCACAUUUAAGGCAGGUGGAAGACUACAGGAUCUUGUAUGCAUGUCAUCCUGGGGCUAGCUAGCUGUAUCAAAUUCAAGAACAAUAGUGCUCAUUGCACCCAAGUACAACUCGACCCUCAUGUAGGACACAUCUCAC